AUGAAUAUUCCAAGACCUCAACAACAGUCGUCUCUCCUGACUGAAUCACUUCUCUCCUCUUCGGUUCCUUCCCAUCAAUAUAUGAAUUCGUCAGUGUUAUCCUCCUCCGUGUCGAAUAAUCUUUCAUCUAAUUUGAUAAAACACACUCCACAUAAUCCACUUUUAAUGUCCUCUCAAGUUAUGAAGACUUAUCAAGAUGUUUUCAAAGAUGAAAAGAUUAAGAAACAACAACAAGAACUUGUGGAGAAGAAUGAACAAAUUUCCAAACUCGUAUCACAAAUUGACUCUAUGGAAGAUCAAUACUCUACCGCCCAAACUAAACACGAAAGAGAUUUACAAGAUUUAGAGAUUAGACUGAGGAAGGAGUAUGAAGAAAGAGAAGAGGAAUUGAAGAAAUCUCACGAAGCAAAGCUUGCUGCAUUGAAUGAAGAAAGAAAGAACGAAUUUGAAACUAGUCAACAAAAGAUUAUUGAACAGGAAUAUCUCAUUAAGGAUAUCCAAUCUCAACUCAAUUUGACAGACUCUAAGGAUAUUGUUAAAACUCUCACCAAGUUUAUUAAAAAGUAUAAGAAGGAAAAGGAAGCUAACAAAUCUCUGGAAGAAAGAGGUAAACAAAUGCUUGCCAAUCUUAAUGAUGUUGUAAAGAAAUAUAAGGAAUCAAAGGAGUCUGCAGAAAAGGAAUUUGAUAAGAAGAAUAGAGAAAUUGAAGGACAAAAGAAGGAAAUUAUGACAUUGAGAAUGGAACUUGCAGUAGUUCAACGUCAAUUGGAAUAUAAUAGAACUCAUAUGGGUGUUGGAUUUGAUACUGAUACUGAGGAUGGUUCUUCAUUAUUUAAUCCAAGCUCUCCAACUACAAGCGUUUCAAGUUUCAGUGUUAGCAGUCCAUCUAAGAGUCCUUCCAAAGCACUGACUCCAAAGAAGAUGUUUGGUAUGCCUCAAAAGAAAACCAUUACUCUUUCUCCAAAUCCACUCAAGGAUAUCACCAAUUUAUCUCACUAG